UCGCCAAUGUUAGAAAGUUGAUGAUGAUUUUCGGUGUCUUGAGACGAGGUGAUAUGAGAAGGAAGAGCAUAGAUAUUAUCAAUUCGGAAAGAAAGAGCAAUGUUGCGAGGAAUAAUCACACAUAGACAGCGGCUCAUACGGUCAAUCUCGACUUCACAGUACUGUUAUAAGCAACCAAGGAAGGUUCUAACGCUUUUUGGUAAGGAAGGGUGUGGGUUGUGCGAUAGGGCUAAACAGGUGAUGAUGGACAUAAUAGACUCUGAGGAAUUCCCACAAAAGAACGUUGAGUUUCAGUACGUGGACAUCUCAGAUGUUAUGAAUACACACUGGUGGGAUAAAUACUGCUUUGAUGUUCCAGUCUUGCACAUUGAUGACACUAAAGGUGAGCGGGUGAAGAUGAUGCACCGGUUGGAUGGAAAACGGGUAUGGGAGGAGAUUGAAAGGGAAUGAAGUUAGCUCUCUUGAAAUAGCAUUGUA